GCUGACGUGUCGGUCCCAAUAACCGAGCUGCGGAUAUAAAACAGCACCGUUUUGCCCCAUUCCCCUGUGCGAAACCCUUAUUCUCCCAAAAUCAAAAUCAAAUCAAAAUCAGAGUGAGUUUGUGUGUGUGUGAGAAUGAGUAGGGUUUGCGGUAAGGUGAAGUGGUUCAAUGACCAGAAGGGUUUCGGUUUCAUAACCCCCGACGAUGGCGGCGAAGAACUCUUUGUUCAUCAAUCUUCGAUUCGAUCCGAAGGGUUUCGCAGCCUCGCCGAGGGUGAAUCCGUUGAGUUCGCCAUAGAGUCCGAUCCUGAUGGACGCACCAAGGCCGUUGAUGUCACUGGACCUGAUGGCUCUAACGUGCAGGGGAGUCGCCGUGGUGGAGGCGGUGGCGGAGGUGGUGGAAGGAGUUACGGCGGUGGACGAGGCGGCGGCGGCGGCUAUGGUGGUGGAUAUGGUGGUGGAGGAGGAUAUGG